CUCGGCCGGUGUACAUGCACUUUUUGCUCAAUCUGAGAGCAAUGCUGUCCUGAAAAUAUAUUUCGAGCAUUGCGUGUUCCUAGGCAGCGUCAGGGAUGUCGCAAUUUUCUCUCCCAGCCCAUCUGUCCCCACAGACUGCUCAUCGACAGGGAAGCUCUUUGACAGCCAACUCGCAGCCAUUGCCUCCAAGGCACAGAUGUGGUCCAUUGUUGCGUCGAGGAGAUAUUGGCAACGUACGAGCUCAGGCCAAGAGCAAGAAGACCAACCCUGAUCCCCCAGAUACGCCCAAAGAUGAAAAUCGUCUAGGGGGCAGGGAGUGGCUGCAGCAGCUGCUGUCCAAGUUUGGACCGAUCACAGAGAAGGCCAUGAAUACACACGUUCUCGAUUUCGAGAAGCCGCUCGUCGAGCUGGACAACAGAAUAAAGGAGGUCAGGAAAGUUGCAGAGGAGAACGGAGUGGAUGUCUCGGAACAGGUCAAAGAGCUCGAGGCAAGGGCAAAGCAGCUGCGCAAGGACACAUACACGCGGCUGACGCCGGUGCAGCGCCUGCAAGUGGCGCGGCACCCCAAUAGGCCCACCUUCCUGGACAUCGCGCUGAACAUCAGCGACAAGUUUGUGGAGCUGCAUGGCGACCGCGCCGGCCUGGAUGACCCUGCCAUGGUCUGCGGCCUCGCCUCCAUGGACGGUGUCUCCUUCAUGUUCAUCGGCCACCAGAAGGGCCGCAACACCAAAGAGAACAUCUACCGCAACUUUGGCAUGCCGCAGCCCAACGGCUACCGCAAGGCGCUGCGCUUCAUGCGCCAUGCGGACCACUUUGGGUUUCCCAUCGUCACCUUUGUCGACACCCCGGGCGCCUACGCCGGCAAAAAUGCCGAGGAGCUCGGCCAGGGUGAGGCGAUUGCAGUGAACCUGCGGGAGAUGUUUGGCUUCGAGGUGCCCAUUCUGAGCGUGGUGAUCGGGGAGGGCGGCAGCGGCGGCGCGCUGGCCAUCGGCUGCGCCAAUCACAACCUCAUCAUGGAGCACUCUGUCUACUACGUCGCCUCCCCCGAGGCCUGCGCCGCCAUCCUGUGGAAGUCUCGUGACAAGGCCGCCACGGCAACAGAGGCACUGCGCAUCACAUCGUCGGAGCUGGUGACGUUUGGCGUCAUGGACACGGUGAUCGAGGAGCCGCUGGGAGGCGCGCACGCCGACCCCAUGGGCGCAUUCCCCGCCAUCAAGACCGCCAUCAUGAAAAUCUACAACGACAAGUACGCGAAGCUGUCACCGUCGGAGAUCCGGCUGGACCGCUACGCCAAGUUCCGCAAGCUGGGCAUGUUUGAGGAGUUCCUCGUUCGCGGCGGGCAGUGGCGGGAAGCACGCGCCGCACGCGCUGCCGCGGAGGGUGCGCGCACGGCGGCGGGCACAUGGGCGCCGAAUGCGGAGGAGGCGGAGCUGGUGGAGCUGAUCGUGGACAAGGACGAGGAGUGGGAGGAACGCCUCAAGGGCAAGGAGGCCUGGAUCAACAAGCCCGCCCAGCCGCCCGGCCUCCUGCGCUCCGGCAUCAUGGAGCUGUCGAUCUCGAUGAUCGAGGCGCGCAGGCGGCAGCAGGCCGCGGCCGCGCAGGAAGCCGUCGAGCAGCGCCGCUCAGCCCAGGCCGACAGUGGCGCCCCCGCACAGCUGCCCUCGGGCAAUGGGAGCUCGUACAUUGCGCACAGCGACUCGAAGGAGCGCAACGGUGCCCUGGUGGAAGCUAAGGCUGACAAGUGAGCAUUGGAAGACUAGCCAAAGCUCAGAAGCAACUAAUUUCUUGGGCCAGUCAUGGAACGGCUGAGGAAAGACUGUCGAGGCUAGGCACAGCGCAACGCAACGCAGAAACUUGAGGGCUUAACAAGCUUGCAGCAAGGAAUCUGAGACGAGAGGUGCUGAGGAAGAGGGGCACAGCGAGACCACAUAGCGAUUGGCAAGGUAGCGAGCGAGUACAACAGAAGACAUUAGGCAAGUCAGCAAGCUAUCAAGGACGAGCCCAUACCAGGUUGCUGCUUCUCCCGGCAACAGGGCAGUGGAGACGGCAGGCAUGCGGGGAUAUGAAAUUCUGAGCAUCAGAAUCAAUAUUUCUCUUGUGCGGCGUGCUGCGCCCCAUUGGACAUCUGCAUAGCAUCCCAGCAAGGACGGCCUUUUGCUGCUUACAACCUCUUAGCUACGCAUGUGGGCCCCUGAGUGCUUUGGAUGCAAACUGCAUUGAGCAAGUGAAUUGAGACGCGGUUGAGAGAUCACAUGUACUUUCCUGAGCAGUGUAGACGGCAGUGGUGACAUCUGCUGUCUCCCAUGUAUUUUUUCUUCUUCACAGAGAGCUUGACAUGUUUGCUUGCCAAGAUUUGGUCAUGAUAUGUAUGAGAGAGAUGUCAGGGACAUGUGGAACUGUUGUGACGUUGGUGAGAGGUUUCACUCCUGGAAACGUUCUGAAUGAACAUGAUGUGAGCC